AUGUUUAGAAAAGGACUUUUCCUAAAAGAGUUCCUAAGGAGAACCAAUGCCAGAGUAAAUGGCAAACAAGUUUUAAAAUCGAGUUUCUUACCAGGACCAAUUGCACUCCUCGCUGGUGGAGCAUUGGCCGGUGUUGGAGGUUAUUACCUUUUUGAUUCACGCUCAUCAAUUCAUGAAUAUGUGAUAUGUCCCCUUAUAAGAACAUUUACAGAUGCAGAACAGGGUCAUAAAUUAGGCAUUCUUUUAAUGAAGUACGGGCUUGUUCCCAGACUUUUGGACGAAGGAAGAAACGACCAGAGCGACGUGCUAGGUGUUAAUGUGUUUGGACAUAAUUUGAAGAACCCUAUAGGAUUGGCUGCUGGGUUAGAUAAAGAUGGUGAAGCCAUUGAUUCGUUAUUUAACUUUGGGUUUUCCUAUGUCGAGAUCGGCUCGAUUACUCCCGAGCCACAGCCAGGUAAUCCACAACCCAGGUUCUUUAGGUUGCCCAGGGACGAUGCUGUGAUUAAUCGUUAUGGUUUCAAUUCUUCUGGACACUUUAACGUUUUGGCCAGAUUAAGAGUGCGUUUUACUAAAUUGUUGGAAAGGUUUGAAAGGGACCACACUCCAGAUCAGCUUCCAUUUUCAAAUGCCUUUCAAAACGGGAAGUUAUUGGGAAUAAAUUUGGGUAAAAACAAAACAGGAGAUGAAAUUGAAGACUAUGUGAAGGGGGUCUCGAGACUUGGGCCAUAUGCGGAUGUUCUUGUUGUAAACGUAUCGUCGCCAAACACUCCAGGAUUGCGUGAUUUGCAGAAUGAGUCUAAACUUACCAACCUUUUAACAACGGUUGUCAAGGAACGCGAUAUAUUGCGGACAAAUUUACUUGGCGCUAAACCACCAAUUUUGGUAAAAGUUGCCCCUGAUUUGACUGAGCCAGAGAUUGCGUCCAUAGCAAGUUCGGCAAAGGAAGCGAAAGUUGAUGGAAUUAUUAUCUCCAAUACAACAAUUCAGAGACCUAAGGAUAGAUUAUUGACUACGGAUGAGACAUUAAUAAACCAAACUGGUGGACUUUCAGGAAAGCCAUUGAAACCAUUAUCGUUGCAGGCAUUGAAGUUGUUGAACAAGCACACCAAAGGUUCUGGGUUGGUGUUGGUUGGUUGCGGUGGAAUCUCAAGUGGUAAGGAUGCGUUAGAAUUUGCAAAAGCCGGAGCAACUUUUGUCGAAUUGUACACCGCUUUUGCUUACAAGGGCCCAGGAUUAGUUGCCAAGAUCAGAGAUGAAUUAGCUGAUGAGUUGAAAAAGGAAGGUAAGACCUGGCAACAAAUUGUUAAUGAGAAUGCUUAG